AUGAGGCUACAAUUCCAUCGUUUUAUAUCUACAUCGACACCGUUACGCAGUAGUCAAAACUUGACUGAAAAAAUAGUUCAAAAAUAUGCUGUCAAUUUACCACCCAACAAAGUAGUCCACACUGGUGAUUAUGUCACCAUCAAACCAGCUCAUUGUAUGUCACAUGAUAAUUCGUGGCCAGUAGCUACAAAAUUUAUGGGGUUAGGAGCUAAGAAAGUUAAGGAUAAUCGACAAAUCGUUUGUACUUUGGAUCAUGAUGUUCAAAAUAAGACAGAAAAGAAUUUGACCAAGUAUGCUAAUAUUGAGAAGUUUGCCAAGGAACAAGGAAUUGAUUUUUACCCGGCUGGAAGAGGUAUUGGACACCAAAUUAUGAUUGAAGAAGGGUAUGCAUUUCCAUUGAAUUUGACGGUGGCUUCUGAUUCGCAUAGUAAUACGUAUGGAGGUAUUGGAUCACUUGGUACUCCGAUUGUGCGUACUGACGCUGCUAGUAUUUGGGCUACGGGACAAACAUGGUGGCAGAUCCCACCCGUGGCGAAAGUUGAAUUAAAGGGGCAAUUGCAAAAGGGAGUCACUGGUAAGGAUAUCAUUGUUGCAUUAUGUGGAGUGUUUAAUAAUGAUGAAGUUUUGAAUCAUGCUAUUGAAUUCGUUGGUGAUGGAGUGGAGAACUUAUCUAUUGAUUAUCGAUUGACUAUAGCUAAUAUGACUACAGAGUGGGGUGCAUUAAGUGGGUUGUUCCCCAUUGAUGAUAAGUUGGUGGAGUUCUACGAAGGUAGGUUAAAGAAAUUGGGUCCUAACCAUCCAAGGAUUAAUCAGCAGACUAUUGAAGCUUUGAAAACUGAGAGUUUGGCUAGUGAUUCAGAUGCGAAAUACGCUAAGCACUUGGUCAUUGAUUUGAAUACUCUUUCACCGUAUGUAUCAGGUCCUAAUUCGGUUAAAGUUUCCAAUCCAUUAUCCAAAUUAUCUCAAGACAACAUUGCCAUCAACAAAGCAUAUCUCGUCUCAUGUACAAAUUCACGAUUAUCUGAUAUUCAAGCGGCUGCUGAUGUCUUGAAGGGACAUAAAGUCCACCCCGAUGUUGAAUUCUACGUUGCUGCUGCAUCUUCAUUAGUUCAACAAGAUGCUGAAGCUGCUGGUGCAUGGCAAACUAUAAUUGAUGCUGGUGCAAAACCAUUGCCAGCUGGAUGUGGACCAUGCAUUGGAUUAGGUACUGGAUUAUUAAAAGAUGGAGAAGUGGGGAUCAGUGCCACAAAUCGUAAUUUCAAGGGAAGAAUGGGAUCCAAGGAUGCAUUGGCAUAUUUGGCUUCUCCGGAAGUUGUUGCUGCUUCUGCUGUAUUGGGUAAAAUUGGAGCUCCAGAAGAAAUUAAUGGUCAUCCAGUAAAUCCGUCACCAGAGAUUGUCAAAAGCAUUGAUCUUCCAAAGAGUAAUGGAGGUGCAAGUGAUGUUGCAGAAGAGCCAUUCAGCAUAGAAGAUGUCACUGGGUCAGUCGAAGUCUUGCCUGGGUUCCCCAAAUCAAUCCAAGGGGAACUCAUAUUAUGUAAUGCCGACAAUAUCAACACUGAUGGAAUUUAUCCUGGUAAAUAUACUUAUCAAGACGAUAUAUCACGUGAACAAAUGGCUGAAGUAUGUAUGGAGAACUACGAUCCUGAUUUCAAAACCAAGACUAAAUCCGACGACAUUAUCAUUAGUGGAUAUAAUUUUGGUACUGGAUCCUCGCGUGAGCAAGCAGCCACAUGUAUCUUGGCCCGUGGCAUGAAAUUAGUCGUUGCUGGAUCAUUUGGUAAUAUAUUCAGUCGAAAUUCCAUCAAUAAUGCAUUAUUGACAUUGGAAAUUCCCGACUUGAUUGAGAAAUUACGUGUUAAGUACAAGGGAGUAGACGAGUUGACGAUACGUACUGGAUGGUUUUUGAAAUGGGAUGUUACGAAAGCACUUGUUACUGUUGCUGAUUUGGAAGGUGAGGUGAUUUUGCAACAGAAAGUUGGUGAAUUGGGUACUAAUUUACAAGACAUUAUUGUUAAAGGUGGAUUAGAAGGCUGGGUUAAAUCGGAAUUACAGAAAGAAGGACAAUUGUAA